UGUUAGUGUGUGGUUUUUUAAAGUGGGAGAACAAGAGAACUACAAUAUGAAAUGCAAAUCUUGGUACUUGUCAACACCCAUCAAUGAAGUUAUUGCUAUUGAUAAAAAUAAUUUAAAUCUGCCUGCCUGCCCUUGUAAUGAGUUAGCAGCAAGAAAUAGCCCAAUUUGGAUCACAUAUAGUUCUGCUCAACAAGAUGGCCACUGUUAUGAUUUGUUGCCAAAUUAUGGGGAAUUUGGACGGAGAUGUUGUUAUCGUUUGAGUGGAAUUUACAUCUUUGAGACAACAAAACCACAGGCAGGAAGUCUUCAGAGAUAUAAUGCUUUUGAUUCUUUCAUGUUCAAGUCGAAAUCUCACCAAAUUAAUGAUCUAGAUCCAAAACAAUGGUGCUGUAGCCAGUCAAAUCUGUGUGAACUCUACUACAAGUUGAGACCUGCUGGUUCAUGCAUUGCAAGCAACUGGGUUAGAGGAUUUUUAUUUGGAGACCCACACAUUGUAACGUUGGACCAGAAACCAUACAUUUUUAAUGGGCUUGGAGAAUAUAAAAUAUUGGAGAUAAAAAGUAACACAAAUGUUGCCAAUUUUAUAAUGCAGGGUCGCACUUGCAAAGCAAUAAACAACAACGGAACAGAAAUAAAUGCUACUGCCUGGUGUGCCUUUGCUGUCAAGAAUGGAAAUAAUAAUAUUUUAAGAGUAGAAAUCAGUUCAUCAGGAAAGAUCAUGAUUAUAUAUGCCAGUUAUGAGAAUAAAUCUCGAGACUAUUCGGCACAAUAUCAAGAACCUGAUUUUAUUGCUAUAGAAAAUGGAAUGGUUUUAAGAAAACAAAAUAAUUCUUUAGAAGUUGCUUUUCCUGAUAGUAUUGGGUUGUCAGUUUCCCUGAAUUUAGGAAUGCUUGAAUUUUCUGUAACCUUGGAUAAAAAAUAUCAAAAUUCAACAAGAGGACUCUUAGGCAACUUCAAUAACAUCCAAACAGAUGAUUUUAUUUGCCAAAAUGGCACUAGACUUCCAGAUAAUUCUACAGAAAGAGUAUUGUACCAGUUUGGGCAAUCAUGGGCUAUAACUCAAAAUGAGAGCUUAUUUUUAUACGGCUAUGGACAAAAUACUUUCACCUUUUCUGACCCAAGCUUUAUUCCUAUGUUUUUCGAUGAACAAAGUACUGAAGCUAAAUCAGCUGCUGAAGCAGCUUGUGGGGCUUAUAAUAUUCCUUGUCUGUUUGACUUUAUUGCCACAAGAAAUCAGGAGAUUGCCAAAAAAAGUUUAAAUUCUGCAGAUACAUUUAAAAAUGAGUCCACUAGUACAGCGAAUCAAGCUCCGACAGUGACACUUAUCACACAACAGAUCAGAAUAAUAUACAAUCAGUCUUUUAGCAUAACUAUAAAUGGUUCUGAUAUUGAUGGGCAGAUAGCAGAGUUUAAAGUUUUUUCUGAUGUUAGUUACAAAGAAAAACAAAGAUACACUAGGGAAGCAGCAUUGAGUACUUUAACAACUUUUGAGUUUUUCGCAAAUACUAUGGGGCUGAUACAAAUAGGAUUUUCUGGAGUUGAUGAUAAAAGCUUAUGUUCAGAAGUAGCUCAAGUUAACAUCACUUGCUGCACAAAUUGCAAUUUUAAUGGAAAGUGCUUAGAAAAUGUUCUAAGAAAAACUAACAAUCCAUAUUUUAGUUAUGAAGUUUGCAAUUGUGAUCUUGGAUACACAGGUGUUGACUGUGAUCAGGAUGUUGAUGGCUGUGUGGGUAACCCAUGCCCUACAGCUUGCAUUGAUGCACCAGCUAGUCAGCAACAAGUGACUGGAACGGCAUACACUUGCACAAACUGCCCAGCUGGAUAUCUCCUAAAUCAAAAUAAAACCAAAUGUGAAGAUGUUGAUGAGUGUAAAAAUAUAUCCAGUUGUGAUAGUAACAUGUCUGUCUGUGAAAAUGUAAUCGGAAGCUUCAAAUGUAACUGCAAACCAGGUUACAGAAACUUCAAUGCAACUAGAUGUCUAGAUAUCAAUGAAUGCACAGAAAGGCUACACAACUGUGAUCAAAUUUGUGUUAAUACUUUAGGCAGUUUCAAUUGUACAUGUCUGCCUGGUUUUAAUAGAAAAAGUGGAAAAUGUGAAAGAACUGAGACAGACCCAUGUAAACUAAUGAACAAGAAUUGCAGCUUCAACUGUAGAAAUAGCACUAAUGGUCCAGAAUGUUUUUGUCCUUCUGGAUUCCAACUUAAGAAAACUGAUAAUGUUUCUUGUGAAGAUAUCGAUGAGUGUAAAGAAAACUACUGCUCUCAGAUAUGUCAUAACAGUAUUGGAACUUUUAAUUGUUCCUGUUUUAAUGGGUACAGUUUGAAUUCAAAUGACAACCGUUCUUGUGAUGCAUGUGUUGGGAACAAAUAUGGAGAGAACUGCAAGAGCACUUGUCAGUGUAAAGGACGAGCUAUAGGAUGUGAUAAUGUGAAAGGAUGCAUUUGUCAGAACAACUGGAAAGGGACAGAAUGUGAUGUUGACGUGAAUGAAUGUUUAAAGCCUAACAUGUGCUUACCUGACCACUAUUGUACUAAUACAAUUGGAAGUUAUUCUUGUGAUUGCCCAGCCGGGUAUGAAGAUAUUAACGGAACUUGUGUCAAUAUUAAUGAAUGUAGCAAUCCUUUGCUGAAUAACUGUACUCAAUUGUGCUUUGAUACAUUGGGCUCUUUUGUUUGUGAGUGUGACAAUGGCUAUACAAAGUUAUCUAAUGGGACUUGUCAAGAUGUUAAUGAAUGUGCAAAUGAUGCAUCUGGCUGCCAACAGAUCUGUGUUAAUGUUGUAGGCAGCAGCUUCUGUGAAUGUGCUGUGGGAUACAAACUUGAAGACAACAGGAAAACAUGUGUCAAAGAAGUUUUGGAUCCCUGCAUCAACUUUUACCUAAACUGUUCUUUUGGAUGUACUAUUGUGGAUGAUGAAGCUCAGUGUUUUUGUGGAAACGGAUAUGUACUCAGUACUAAUAAGUAUGAUUGUAUUGAUGUUGAUGAAUGUAAUGCAAAUAUAAGCCAAUGUUCACAAUCUUGUGAAAAUGCACCUGGGACUUACAAGUGUUCCUGUCAAAUUGGAUUCAAAUUACAGAAUGAUAAAACAACUUGCUUACAAUGUGAUGGCUACCACUGGGGAGAGAACUGUGCCACAACUUGUAACUGUAGCACCAUGGGCACAGAGAGAUGUGAUAGUAUUGAAGGAUGUAAAUGUAAAAAUGGCUGGUCAGGAAAAUGGUGUGAGAAGGAUCAAGAUGAAUGCUCGUAUUUAAAUUUUCCCUGCCCUUCAAAUUCUAAGUGUACCAACACGCCUGGUUCAUAUGACUGUCAGUGCUUUGAUGGAUUUGUUCAAAAUAAAACUAACAACUCGUGCACAGACAUAAAUGAGUGUGAUGGUUUUCCUUGUGAUCAUAUUUGCACAAAUACAAUUGGUAGCUUUUUAUGUUCUUGUGAUAAAGGUUUCAAACCAAAAGGAACCAAAUGUUAUGACAUUAACGAAUGUGAAGUAAAAGACUUGAAUAAUUGUGACCAGAAAUGUAGAAACACUGAAGGAAGUUUUGCUUGUGAAUGUUAUGAUGGUUAUGAACUAAACGAUACAACACGAAAUACAUGUUAUUCUUUACCCACCAGUGUAAACUGUACAAAUGUGUGUAAUCAGCUAUGCAUAGUUGAAGAUAACAAAGCAGUGUGCUCUUGCUUCCAGGGAUAUUACCUAAAUGAUACGGAUUGUAUAGAUAUAGAUGAAUGUGAGAGUAACCCAUGUGUUAAUGGAAACUGUACCAAUAAAAAUGGCACAUUCUCAUGUUCAUGCAGAAAAGGGACAAAACUUCUGGAAGACAAACUAACCUGUGAAGAAUGUAUAAGUGGGAAAUAUGGCUAUGACUGUGCUGCUAACUGUUCCUGUAACACUACCAACACCAAGCCUCAAAUCUGUUUUGCUGAGAAUGGAACCUGUGAUUGUUUAACUGGUUGGACUGGUAGUGACUGCAGUACUGAUGUUGAUGAAUGUAACCAAUCAACAAACAGUUGCCCUGCUAACUCCAAAUGUGUUAACUCCCCUGGUUCAUUCCGAUGUGUUUGUGAAGUUGGUUACUUUAAAUCAGCUAACUUUUGUUUGUCAUGUGAAAACAACCAUUAUGGUCAAGACUGUAAUCAAAAAUGCAAGUGUCUACAGUUUGGCAUAAACACUGACAGCUGUGAUAAUGUGAAUGGUCAGUGUAGAUGUAAACCAGGAUGGACUGGCUCUAGCUGUGAAACAGAUAUAGACGAGUGUUUGAACACCAGCUACUGCCCAGAUAUACAUGAGAGCUGUUUUAAUUUAAAUGGAUCUGUAGAGUGUAGAUGUAUUGUAGGAUACCAUAGAAUAAACGGCUCUUUGUGUAAAGAUAUUGAUGAGUGCCUUGAUCCAUUAAAUCGAUGCAACUUUUCCACAACAAUAUGUAACAAUACUGAUGGGUCCUACGUGUGUGACUGUAGACCUGGACAUAUUGACAUCAAUGAUACAGCCACCUGCAAGGUGAAUUACAAGAAAUUUCCUUUGGAGAUUGAAUUUGAUUUUUCACAACAAAAUCUUAGUUCAUUAAUUUUUAUAAUAACUACAACUGAAUCUAAAGACUUACAAAGAAAAAUUGCAAGAAGUCUAACAAAAUUUAGUAAAGAAAAGUAUGGAGAUGCUGUGUUGUCUUUUGAAAUAUAUAAUUUAACUAAUGGUUCAGUCAUAGCCCACACAAAUCUUCAAAUAGAUCUGCUGAAUACCAAUAUAUCAGAUUAUGUUGCAUCUUCAUUUGCUUUUGAGCUAUCUAAAGCAAAAAAUUUUACUAUUGGUGAUGAUAUAGUUACAAUCAUGGAUGUUAAAGUUCAGAAUGUUUCAACAAGGUCAAUCAAAGAUCAAUGUGAAUUGUACCAAAAACUCUCAACAUGUCAACCUGGUCAAGUUUGCCAAACCAGUUCAGUGCCUGAAUGCACUGUUGUUACUUCAAAGCCUCAAGCAAAUGAAAAUGAUUUAAUAAUUGGCCUUUCUGUUGGUUUUGGACUCUUUGUGAUUCUAGUGAUAGCCAUAGCAAUAAUCAUAGUACUACACAUCAAGAGAAAACGCAUGCAAAGAGAUCAGUCUAGUGUGCCAUCUAAUGAUCGUGAAAGUAUAAGUGAAAUACUCUCUAAGAGUAUUGCAACAAGGAAACCACUUGGAUACCAAUCCUUGUACUCCCCCGAGGCUUAUCUACAGCCUGGUGGCUACAAUCAACAGAGAGAGGGUCAGUAUAAUUAUGCUGGAGUUUUAGAUCAAUCUGGUUUUUCAAGUGAUGAGCCAGGGCCCACAGGCCACUCACACAGAAGAAGGAGCAGAGGAAGUGAUUUGGGUUUAUCAGAAGAAACAGAGCAAGUUCCUGAUAGAAGCACAUCAAGAUUUUCAUGGUCUCAUAUGAUCAAUCUUUUAGACCAGCAUAAAGGGUUUACAAUUAAAAGACCAACAAUUGACAGCAUUCCAGAAUUGAGGGCUGAUUCUCCAAAAGCAGAAAGAAAUAAACCCAGCUGAGUUUAAAAUGAAAUGUGUGUUACUAAAUGCAAUAAAUUAAAUAAAUGUCAGUAACUGAUUGCAGUGUUAAACUAAUAAGCUCCAUACAUGAUGCGUAAAUUAUUAAAAUGAUGAAUACAUUGUAAAUACAAUGAAAAUGUGAGUUUGUAUACUAUUUAUGUAAGAAAAAGCUAUUAUUUAUUAUACCCAUGUUAAGUUAUUAUCAAUCUUUAUGUAUUAAAUAUUAUUCAUAUUUUUGUAUGUGUUCAGAUUAAAAAUUACUUUGUACUAAUUAUAUUUUUGAUUUAAUGUGAUUCACAUAAAUACCAUAUAAUUGAUUGUUGUGGUACGUCUGACAUUAAAAAGCUCCCUGCUAAUGCAAAUUUUGCAUAAAUUUUGCAUGUUAUGUAGAGUUAUAAUCUCCUGUAAAAAGUAACCUUUAAGGCCAGAUGGUUCAUGUUUCAGAUGAAGUAGAUUUCAUAUAUUUUUACAACAGGUAAUCAGAAGGUUGUUCAUAAUAAAACUGCCUCUUUUAUAGUUAUUGUUCAACUUUCUUGUUUUUAAAUAACCAAUGUCUUCUUUUACCAAAUUCAUUCCAAAUAUAUUUUAAUCUAAUCAUUAUUAUUUCUUUCAUUUUUUUUCUUUUAUGUGAUACAUACAUUCUUUUUGCAAUAUUUUUUAUACUU